AUGGAAGAGCUCAAGCCAGGCCCUGCAAACUCUUCUCCUCUCACUCCGUUAGGCUUCCUCGAUAGAGCUGCCACCGCCUACGGCGACUAUACUUCCAUCAUCUAUAACAACACCACCUUCACUUGGUCCCAAACCCACCGUCGCUGUCUCCAACUAGCUUCCUCCCUUUCAUCCAUCGGAAUUCGCAGUGGCCAAGUUGUCUCCGUCGUGGCACCCAACAUCCCCGCCAUGUACGAGGUCCACUUUGCAGUUCCCUUCGCCGGCGCUGUCCUCAACAACAUCAACACCCGCCUUGACGCUCGCACUAUCUCCGUCAUCCUCCGCCAUGGUGAAUCCAAGCUCGUGUUCGUUGAUUGUGCCUCACGCUCUCUGGUCCUCGGUGCCAUCUCCUUGUUGCCUCCAGAAACUCAACGGCCUAUACUCAUCCUCAUCACCGACGACUCAGUUGAGCCCACAUCAUCAGAGGGCUUCUUUGACACAUACGAGGGGUUGGUGAGGAAAGGUGAUCCGAAUUUUCAGUGGAUCCGACCCAAAAGUGAAUGGGAUCCGAUGAUCUUAAAUUACACCUCCGGUACGACAUCUUCUCCCAAGGGUGUGGUUCAUUGCCACCAAGCGACUUUCGUGAUGACCAUAGAUUCUCUGAUCGACUGUGCCAUUCCGAGACAUCCAGUUUACCUGUGGACGCUGAAUCUGUUCCAUGCUAACGGGUGGAGCUUCUCGUGGGGGAUGGCAGCCGUGGGAGGAACCAAUAUCUGCCUCCGUAAAUUCGAUGCCACCACCGUAUUUACUCUGAUCGAACGCCACGGCGUCACACACAUGUGCGGAGCACCGGUGGUGCUCAGCAUGCUAACAAACUCUGCAAGACAGAAACCACUGAGAAGCCCUGUUCAUGUCUUCACCGGAGGAGCACCGCCACCUGCAGCAGUGCUCCACCGCACGGAAGCGUUAGGAUUUGUGGUAACCCACGUAUAUGGGAUGACAGAAACAGGUGGGGUGGCGGCUUCUUGUGCGUGGAAGCCUGAGUGGAACUUGUUGCCGGCGACGGAGAGGGCCCGGCUGAAGGCAAGGCAGGGGGUGAGAACCAUCGGGAUGACGGAGUUGGACGUGGUGGAUCCGGAUUCGGGUAUAAGCGUGGAGCGAGAUGGGUCGACCCUUGGUGAAGUAGUUCUUCGAGGCGGUUGCCUCACGUUGGGCUACUUGAAAGAUUCAGAUGCCAACUCCAAGUGCUUCAAGAAUGGAUGGUUCUACACUGGGGACGUGGGAGUGAUGCAUCCAGAUGGGUACUUAGAGAUUAAAGAUCGAUCAAAGGACGUGAUCAUUAGUGGGGGUGAGAAUCUGAGCAGCGUGGAGGUUGAAUCGGUGCUGUACAGCCACCCGGCGGUGAGCGAGGCGGCGGCGGUGGCGAGGCCGGAUGAGUUCUGGGGAGAAACACCGUGCGCGUUCGUGCGAUUGAAGGAGGGAUUGGAGAAGACGCCGACGGAGAAGGAGAUAAUGGAGUAUUGCAGAGGGAGGAUGCCGCAUUUCAUGGUGCCCAAAACGGUGGUGUUCAAGGAAGAUCUUCCAAAGACUUCGACCGGUAAGAUUCAGAAGUUCUUGCUGAGAAAAGAAGCCAAUGAUAUGGGAUCGUUGAAACACAGCAGAUUGUGAUGACCGACGAAGAUGAUGAGAUUGAGGCGAGAAAGAGAAGGAUGAAGAAAAGUGUUUGAGCUGAAGGUAUGCAGAA